AUGGAUGAUUCUGGAGUACCACCAGAAAAUACCAAAUUCUCAAUGCCCGAAUUCAAAUGUUCUCAAUGCGACUAUAAAACAAAGGGACCGAAGCAGUAUGAACUUCAUUUGAAAGCGCACGAAUUCAAAAAACCUAUGUUCACCUGUCCGAGCUGUCAUCAUCUAUUCACUUAUGCUGGAAACCUACGAACACACAGAGAGAAACAUUGCAAAGAAAUUAAAAGAAGCAGAGUACAAGGGAAAUUGAAAACUUCUGGAAAACAGAUUUCACAAGAAAUCCAGAAGUUGUUUCAGACUCAACCAACUCAAGAAUCCUGUGCUUUGAAAUUAGAUUGUCAGGCGCCAGGUCUUGUACCUCCUUUUACAUUUUCCGGACCUGAAACCGUGGGAAAAAGUCUUCUCGACCUGCUCAACAGUAUUCCAGUUUCUCUAUCUUCACAAAAAUCCGAUGUGCUCAUCCCUGAAAAAGAAGAAGAUGGGAUCUGGAUACAAAGUCUGAAACAGAUGUUACAGCAGCCUCUAAAGCUAUUCAACACUGACCCUGUCCUUCGGGAUACCGCUCCAGUUACACAACUGUUCGAAAAUGAUCCACUACCACCCAUGUCAAAAGAAAUUACUGGUCUAAAUGAUAUCUGUGUCCAAAACCUAAUGGACUCAACUUCGCUUCAAUCUCUCGGGUUAUUGAAUACUCCUCCGACUCCUCAACCUGCUACACUUCUCGACCUGCUCAACAGUACUACCGUCCCUCAAUCUUCACAAAAGUCCAGAUGCGAUGUACCAUCUCCCAAAAUAGAUGAAUAUGAGAGCUAUAUACAAAGUCUGAAAGACCUGAAAACAUUACAACAACCCUUUGAGUUCUUGCACACAACCCCAGAUCAUCAACCUACCGCUCCAGUUUUAUUACCACCUUUUGGAACAAAUUCUUUUGAAAAAGACACUAUUCGUUUGCCGAAGAAGAAAAAACAUCCUUUGGAAUGUGUUGACUGUGCCAUCGGUUUCAAGGAUGAAGCCAUGUACAUUGUGCAUCGACUCACACACUUGGACAACAAUUCAUUCAAAUGCGCCUUGUGUGGGAAGCAGUUCUACGAUAGAUACAGUUUUACCAGUCAUAUUUACUUACAAGGACACGAAGAAAUCAAAAUUUGA